ACCAAGCCGAGAAGGGUAGGGAUGAUCGCUGAGGUUGUGGCGAUUCGCCGUUCAGCUGUCGAUCGGUCGGUGUCACCUUCUGAGAUUAUUGUCUAUUCACGAGAACGCCCAAACGUCGGCCAACCACGCGAUAACAUAACUGCGCGCAACUUGUGUUGUGAAACUACGUCUUCGCUACAUCUUCAAUUCGCUUUGGACUGACGGGGUGACGAGGUGUUGUUGGAAGCAUGAAGGAAUUUCUGAUCGCGCUCAGCGCGAUUCUGGCCGUAUGUGCAGCUCACGUAGUGAUAACCGCUGAAUCUAAAGAUGAUGGUCUUUUGGGUAGAGACGAAUGUACGUGGGGUCCAAGUUACUGGUGCGAGAAUCUAAAGACAGCCAAAGGAUGUAGCGCUGUAAAUCAUUGUAUCCAUCGGUAUUGGGAACAGAUGGAAGUUCCAGAGGAUAAUGAUACUGUGUGUGGAAUUUGUAAAGAUAUGGUGCAACAAGCACGGGAUCAAUUGGAAAGCAAUCAGACUCAACAAGACUUGAAAGAUGUCUUUGAAGGAAGCUGCAAGCUGAUUCAUGUUAAACCAAUUGUUGAGGAAUGUAUCAAAAUUGUGGAUCAAUUUAUUCCUGAACUUGUAGAAACGUUGGCAUCUCAAAUGAAUCCAACUGUUGUUUGCUCUGUAGCAGGACUUUGUAAUAAUGCUCAUAUUGAUAAAAUGCUUGAACAGUAUCAAAUACUAGUAAAGAAGGACGAGACAAAGUCGAUUUUAUUAAAGAAUGAUGAACUUGAGCCUGACGAGUGUACCAAGUGCUACACGAUAGCAAAGUAUAUGGAAAAUAAGUUACAUCAAACACCACGGAAUACAAUGCUUCUGCAAUUUUUAAAUGUGUGCGGUCAACUUGAUUCUUUCUCAGAUGCCUGCUCAGCCAUUGUUAUGACUCAUUUUGAAGCCAUUUAUGAUCAUCUACAGAAUAAUUUCAACGCGGAUAACAUAUGUCACUUGUCAGGGCAAUGCAGCAACAAGUACCAUAAACACGAGGAUAAUACAGAUGAAAUUCCACAGGUAGAGAUAACACCAUUAUCAAGUGUAGGCAUGGUAGAAGUGGAAGACGAUCUUCCAUGUAAGUUGUGUGAACAACUUGUAGGUCAUUUGAAAGAUCUUCUAGUUGCAAACACGACAGAGACAGAAUUUAAACAAAUUCUAUUGGGUUUGUGUAAACAAACAAAAUCUUUUGCCGACGAGUGUAAAGCCAUUGUUGAUGAGUAUUACGCACAAAUUUAUGAAUAUCUUACGAAAGGACUGGACAGCAAUAUUGUCUGUCAGAUGUCUGGAGUUUGUCCUGGACCAGGCAAAAUGAUAGAAGGACCAAUCUGGCCUUUGGUUCCAUUGGAAGCAGCAAAAUUAGGAAUGUCUAUAAUGAAGGAAGAACAACCGAAGAAAGAGGAAAUUGAAGUUACUAUUGGCAAAGAAUAUCCAAAAUUGGAAGCUGAAAAAAUGCAAUUGCCAAUUGAAAGAUUAAUGCCAUUUCCUUUAUUGCAAUCCGAAAGUGUUAAUGGAAUGAAAGCAUGUACAUUAUGCGAAUAUCUAUUGCAUUAUAUACAAGAUAGUCUUACAAAUCCGGUUAAUGAGGAAAAAGUGAAACAUUUUCUUGGAAAAGUAUGUACAAAAGUACCUUCUUCCAUUGAAGGCGAAUGUCAAGAAUUCAUAAAUACUUAUGGAGAUGCAGUCGUAGCUAUACUUGUCCAGGAAAUUGAUCCAUCGCAGGUUUGCCCUAUGAUACAUAUUUGUCCAUCGGAGGCGUUAUUAAACAUGUGGGAAAAAAUUCCUAAGGAUUUUACUCUUACAAAAGUAGAAGAUAAACCUAAUUGUCCACUCUGUUUGCUUGCAGUAACACAAAUUUAUGAUGUUAUUAAAAAUAAUAGAACUGAGGCUAACAUUGAGGCUGAAUUGGAUAAAUUAUGUAAUCAUUUACCACAUAGUUUGACAGAGCAAUGUACUGAUUUUGUAAAGUCAUAUAGCAAAGAACUCGUAGAGAUGCUACUUGCAGAUUUAUCUCCUCAGGAAGUAUGCGCCUACCUUCAUUUGUGUGAUCCAACCAAAGAUCCUGGUCCAAAAUUCAAUUAUAUUGAUAAAGAUGGAGAGAUAUUGACCAAUGAGAUAUCUGAAUAUCCAUUACAUAUAAUUCAGCCCACAAGUAUUUUAGACGAUGGAGUAUGUAUAAUAUGUGAAUUUGCAAUGCAAUAUAUCGAGAAAGCGAUUGGUAAUAAAAAGACGCGAGAUAAGAUCGAAACGGCGGUACAUAGUGUAUGCAAUCAUUUACCUAAAACAGUUUCUAAAGAAUGCAACGACUUUGUGGAUGAGUACGCUGAUGCUCUGAUAAGUGUCCUCUCGAAUGAUAUCAGUCCUAAAGAGGCUUGUACUGUGUUAGGUUUAUGCAAAGUGAGCAUGGAACAAAUUCAAGAAUCUGUAUCUGAAUGUGCCUUAUGUCGAGCAAUUAUAUCACAAAUUGAUAAGAUAUUAGGUGAUCGAAGAGUGGAUACUGAAAUCGAGGAAGCUGUUAAGAAAGUGUGCAAAUAUCUGCCAUUAGAUAAACGAGAUAAGUGCAACAAGAUGGUGGAAAUCUACGGGCCAAGUAUAAUAAAUAUGCUGAAAGAUCAUGUGGAUAGUGAAAAGAUGUGCAGUAAAAUGGCUUUAUGCUCUUCCAAUGAUUAUUUUGCGAUGGUAUUUAAGAGUCCACGUACGUCACGAUCAAUCAACGACAUAAAAAAAUGCACAUGGGGCAAAUCGUUUGUGUGCGGAAAUGAGGAGUUAGCGCGACUUUGUAACCUUACGAAACAGUGCGAAGAUUACCGCAAGAAUGGCGAAGUUGCAUAAAUUGCAUCAAUGUGAGCGAUACAACUACAAAUUGGAAGCAAACUUAAGAAGUGAAAACGAAGAAUGACAAGCUACGCUCUUCGGAUGGAAAUCAGAUUUUCCGGAGAUAUUAGCCAUAGUGAUUAGCCUAUUUCAUGUUAUAAUAUUAUAUAUCGAUGAUCUUUAUAUUAAAUCUCUAACUCUGUAUAUAAGCACUCAAGUGAUUUUCAAUCUGUGUAAGCACGACAAACGCCAUGCGCUUUGUUUUGAACUAAAUAUUACGCAUAGUUUGCCGUACUUAAGUUGUGUUGACGUCACCAAAUUGUAAUUUUUUAAUAGCGCUACGAGAAUUCAUCUUCUCCAUCUGAAAUACAAUAAGUCUCUUUUGCUCUUUUUUUAUUAUAUAUAUAUAUAAUCAAAAGGGUAUAUUAAAAGAUGUAGGCUGUCCCGUCUCUGCAUAUUUUUUUUUUUUUUUUUUUCAUUCAAACCGAUAACAAUGAUCUGUUUUUAGCUGUGAUAAUGGUUAAAUAAAGGAUAAAAAUGUAACU